UACUGGCGUUAUUGAACGAAGUAAACCUCGCAUCAGAUAGCCACGUGUGUUUGAAGCCUGUAAUGAUACCUGUUAUGGCAUUCUUUAAAAGAAAAUAGACACUUAAAUUCAUUCGGACGCUAUCAAGGCAUUGCCGCAUAAUAACUCUUCGACGAAAUGAAAUUGAAAGUAGUUUCUUUUCUUCUUAGUUAUAAACAUGGCUUCGAACUACGAGGACGUAUCCGAUGAAAGUGGGACAGAUUUCAGAGACAGUGACACAAAUUCACAGUCCAAAUCUGAUUCUGACUCAGAAACACCACAGAAGCAGGCCUGCAGAUACUACAACAAAGGCCACUGUCGCAAUGGCAAACAGUGUCCAGACCUGCACGUGUGCAAAUACUUUUUGAAAGGCAAUUGUCGCUAUGGCGCCAGCUGCCGCCUCAGUCAUAACCUGAACUCUGACAGGCCAUCUGCUCAGAAAAAUCGAGAGAGGAGGAGCCGUGACAGGACGACCCAACGUUACAGAGAACGCAGUCGCAGCUACUCAUCUGACAGUGAUACGGACAGCAGCAAGCCGUAUAGAUGGCAGUUGAAUUUGGGCUCCGGCUGGAUGGAUGUAGAGAAUGAUUAUGUCCUGGAAGCUCAGUUCUCCCGACCUAACACUAAAGGCAUCAGGAUCUUUAACACUCCCUGUGGUGCUCUUUCAAUCGACUUUACGAGAAUGCGCAUCUUGAAGAAGGACAACCUGCGUGUAAGACGCAAAGGCUCCAAAUACACUGAAUGGCUGUGGUAUUACCGAGGCAACCAUGGCUGGUAUCAGUUCGGAAAGAAGGAUGCACAGGGGAGCGUCAGUCCAGUCGAUAGCUCCAGGCUGGAAAGCGAGUUCAAGAAGAGCUCGUGUGGCACCGUUCAAUUCACCAUCAACUCCACAGACUAUGAGAUAAGAUUUAAAGACAUGUGUCAGAAAAACUUGUCCACAAGCCACAAGAGGAGGAUCAGAAGGCGUCCGAAAUAUGUUUCUCCUCAGGUUGGAGGGGUGAAUACACUGACAAAUAUGUUUAAGACCAUGAGUACAUCUUCACCUACGAAGACUCCUCUGUGGCAGUUCAGUGGGAGAGGAGGAAACUGGCAUAGUUUCAAACCACGAGGUUCCAGCUGUACACUAUCAAGCGCUGACAUUGAGGCAGAGUUCCAGCGUAACCCUCAGGGCUCCAUGAACUUCACUGUAAAUGGAGAGCAGUACAUGCUAGACUUCGCACAGAUGAUCCAAACCAGCCAGAAAACCCAAGCCACUCGCAAUAUCAGACGUGUGAAGCAGUGACGCUACUCUCGCAGCAGGGUUCAGACAUUUGUACAGGAGUAAGAUUGGGACAUGCUGUUUGAAUAAUACAUAUACUGGUGGUGAUGGUUAAAAUCUAUUUGAAUUGAUGCACUAUUUUACAUGCUGCCAUUUAUAGAGACUUCAUGUCCUACAGAUGUGUGUCAGGGUAACACACAAACAAGCCUGUUUACAUACAAAAAAUGUUUACCAAAUUAUUAUUGUAAUUGGUUUCAUUUUAUUGUAGACAAUAGGGAUUUAUAAUAUUCAUUUAUGCUUUAAUAGAUAACCAAGGAAAUGAGUUGACCGAGUUGAAGUAAGUUAGGGGUGAAUAUAUUUCCUGUGUGAUUUAUAUGCCUAUAAUUAUUUUUGCAAAAGCAUUACAAACCAUAUGAAGUGCUGAAGACUGAGAAUUACCGUGCUCUCUUUUUUGUGUUCUUCAUUUUUCCUUAAAUAUAAAAAUGCCGUUCGCAAGAACUGUUUAAUUAAAUAAACUAAAUGAAACAAGAA